AUUCUUAAAAUGUACUCAAAUAUAAAGACUAAAUUUUGAUAUUUUCCAUAUAUAUAUAUAUAUAUAACAAAACCAGGCGCUUACAAGUUACAACCAAACCAAGCAUUUGACGCAUCCCAGAUUUUCUGAAACUCAAAUCGCUAAAGAAACAUGGCAGCCAUUGAUGCAGCCUCCAGCUACGACCGCAAGAAGGAGAUCACGGAGUUCGACGAGUCCAAGAUUGGCGUGAAGGGCCUCUCCGAUUCCGGCAUCACUUCCAUACCCCGGUUUUUCGUCCACCCUCCUGAAACCCUUUCCGACCUCAAAUCUUCCUCCACAUGCGCGAGCAUUCCCGUCAUCGACCUCUCCGGCGUCAACUCUGCCGCUCACCGCCCCAAAAUCGUCGAACAAGUGAAAGAGGCGGCCGCAACAUGGGGCUUCUUCCAGGUGAUCAACCAUGGCGCUCCCGUGCAAGCAAUGGAGGAGACCAUCAACGGCAUCAAAGCUUUUCACGAGCAACCCCACGAGGUGAAAAGCAAGUACUACAAGCGAAGCGAAGGGCAGGAGGUGUUGUACACGAGCAACAACGACUUGUACAGAGCCAACGCAGCUGCGUGGCACGACUAUUUGCAGGUAUGGAUGGCUCCAACGCCACCGAAAGUGGAGGAUAUACCGGAGGUUUGUAGGAAGGAGGCGGUAGCAUGGGCUAAGCGUGCAACCGAGGUGGCAGAGACUUUGAUGGAGUUGCUGUCUCAAGGGUUGGGGUUGGAGGCUGGGAAGUUGAAGGAGUUGAAGUUUGCGGAUGGGAGGCUCUUUGUGGGUAUUUGUUAUCCGUACUGUCCUCAGCCAGAUCUGACGGUGGGGAUUACACCGCAUACUGAUCUAGGUGUGGUGACGGUUCUGAUGCAAAACCACGUGCCUGGGUUGCAAGUGAAGCAUGGGGACGAGUGGGUGAACGUUGAUCCUGUGCAUGGAGGUUUGAUUAUUAACGUUGGAGACUUUCUUCAGAUAAUCUCUAAUGGAGAGUACAAAAGUGUACAGCAUCGUGUGCUGGCUAAUUCCUAUAAAGAAGCACGAAUCUCAGUUGUCAUGUUUUUCAACGUAAGCCCAGGGAAUGAUAAUUGCUGCUAUGGACCUUUGCCGGAGUUGUUGUCACCGGAAAAGCCAGCUAUCUAUCGGAACUUCACCGUAAAGGAAUAUGGUGAGAAUUUUUAUAGCAAAGGGUUGGAUAGUAAGAGUAUGAUCGAGAAAGUUAAAAUGCAAAACUAGCACAUAUAUGUGUUUCAUAUAUAUAUAUAUAUAUAUAUAUAUAUAUAUCAAGGCGUUUUGUAUAAUAUAUACCAUGGCAUUUUGUAUAAUAAAAGGGAUCCCUCGAUCCCUACUUAAUUAAUAAGCAUUAUUAUCAUGCUUAUUAGUAUAUUGAACUUAUGGAAGCACCCUCUGGGCUAUCUUUUUAUUUA